AUGGCGCCGGCGUUCUCGGCGCAUGUCCCCGCUCUACGACGUGGAGCACUGCGCGUGCGGUGGGUCACGGCGGCGCUGUUCUCAUCGGGGAUUCUCGCUGGCAACAAGCCGGUUCUGGUGCGCGACUUCGUGAGGUCAGCGCUGUACGACCCCAACCAUGGCUACUUCUCCAAGCGGGCGGGGCCGGUGGGCGUUCUUGACGCCAGCAUCCGCUUCAACCAGCUCCAGGGUGGUCUCCUAAAUCUCCUAUGCCUUGCACAUUUCCUAAGUUUUUAUCUCAUUGCCUUCUCCAUGGGGAAGUUUGGGAGGAGUGCGUAUAUACAGCACCUUGAUAAACUGUAUAAGAAGCAUGAUAUCGCUUGGUUUACUCCCGUGGAGCUCUUUAAGCCAUGGUAUGCCUAUGCAAUAGCAGCAUCGAUUCUGCGUACAGCAAAUCUUUCAGUCCCAUUGAAGAUAUAUGAGAUUGGUGGUGGCUCUGGAACAUGCGCAAAGUGCAUACUUGAUUACAUGAUGCUGAAUGCACCACCAAAAGUCUACAAUGAUAUGAAAUACAUCUCAGUAGAGAUUAGCUCCUCUCUUGCUGAGAAGCAAUUGGAAACUGUUGGUGAAGUGCAAAGCCAUUUGUCAAAGUUUACGGUGGAGCACCGGGAUGCAAUUAACAGACCUGGAUGGGGCCGCAAGGAUCCUCAUCCGUGUUGGGUGCUUUUGCUUGAGGUACUUGACAAUCUACCACAUGACCUUGUCUAUUCACCAGAUCAGGUUUCUCCAUGGAUGGAAGUGUGGAUUGAAAAAGUAAACGAAAGUUCACAAGUCUCUGAAGUCUAUAAGCCACUACAAGACCCAUUAAUUUCCCGCUGUGUUGAUAUUAUUGGCAUGAAUGAAGACAAAGCUUCUGUCAGUGAAAAACUAGCAUUUGCUGCAAAAGGAGUUCUAUCAAAAGUAUUCCCAAAGCCUCGUAGAGCUUGGUUGCCGACUGGCUGCUUGAAACUAAUGGAUACUCUACAUCAAGCUUUACCGAGUAUGUCCCUUAUUGCUUCAGAUUUCAGCUAUCUUCCAGAUGUUAGCAUACCUGGUGACAGGGCUCCAUUGGUUUCGUCAAAGGGUGACGCGGACAUCUUCUUCCCAACCGAUUUCCGGCUCCUGGAGCAGAUCGACCAUCACUGCUCUGGCUUCUCAAAGGAGCAGAAGAAUCCUGGCGCAUUCAAACCCGUGAAGAAGAGGAGGACGAUCAUACUUGAUACUGCAGCCUUCAUGGAGGAGUUUGGCCUGCCGCUGAAGACGAGGACCAAAGAUGGGUACAAUCCGCUACUAGACGAUUUCAAGAACACAAAGUUCUAUCUCAGCGUCCCUACACACAACGUUCCUACCCACAACAGGAAGUAG